AUGCUUCGUGUUUUUUGGCUUUUCCGUCGUCUUCAUGAAGCUUAGUGCUGGACAAUGCCGACCAAGACAGCCCUGUGUGCUGCUUCUCUGGAAGAGCAUAUGCAGAGGAUCACCAAUUCGAAUUUAUCAGCUCAAAUCACUCCCUCAACCGUCUCCCCUUCAGCGAGUCAGGACGAAACGAAAGAAGUGGUCGGUCCGAGGACAAGUGGCGGUCACGCGAUCUCCUCUCCUGCCUCUACGGCUCACGAUCGGCCGCCUUCAGAAGUUCCCACCACAACUGAAACGCCAACGAGAAAAACACCACCACCAUCAACAUCUCCAUCCUCUUCCACUCGUCGAACUAGCACUCAUGUCGAUGAGCCUGCAACGUCUCAGACAAUGAAUGAACCAUCAAGCCGACAACAUCCCAAAUCUUUGCCAUUAGACCAGAUGUCGUCCGAUUCCCGGCGUUCCAGCUCAACCAAAGUGCGAAAACCUGUGCCUAACGGUAGCGCCGUGCGUGCCACUACCGCUCAGUCUCCAGAAACCCCGGCACUGACAGUUUUUCUACGGGAGAACUGGCAAAAUACCAACUAUGAGACGAUCGACGUCAAACUACUCAGGGAUCCCGCAUUGGGACUUGGCAUUACGGUAGCCGGAUAUGUACAUAGAAAAGUGAACGACGACGACGGCGCGACGACGACGAGAAGCAGCGAUGUGCCAACGGACAUGACGGGUGGCCAGUCUGGGGCUGCUGCUGCUGCUGCUGCUGCAAUGGCGUAUAACGGUGAUGGCAAUGGCCAUGACGAGAGACGAGAGAGUAAAGAGAUCGGCGGCAUCUUCGUCAAAUCUCUAGUGCCACGAUCGGCAGCCGCUCAGUCAGGUUCGAUACGCGUCCACGAUUUGAUACUCGAAGUGAACGGCGUAUCAUUGGAACAUUUGUCACAUGCGGAUUCAGUACGAACAUUGGUAAAAAGUGGCGAACACGUCCAACUUCGUCUUAUCCGUUUCCCGGUCGAUAGCGCUCAAGCACAGUGCCUCAGAAUGCUUCAAGAACAGGAAACGGAAACGCAGGUGAUCGACGUUCAAUCGUCGAAUCCAAGCCUGGUGGCCGAAUGGAAACGGAAACUAUCGGACGACGUUGACAUCAUCACCACCAUCAUUCGACCGGAUUCGAAUCGAGCUGGAGACGGGGGUCUCGGGAUUUCUUUAGAAGGCACAGUAGACGUAGUACAAGGCCAUCAACUCUGUCCUCAUCAUUACAUCGAAUCCAUCCGGCAUAAUGGGCCGGCUGCUGCUUCAGGAAUGUUACAGGCUGGCGAUGAGCUGUUACAGGUGAAUCACUCGAUACUGUACGGCGAAUCGCACGUCACCAUUCGACAAGCCCUUUCACGAGCUGUCCAUUCGGGAGCCCCAGUGACAUUAGUGGUAGCUCGGCGAACUCAACAUGUCAACGUCUUUCAGCCUACCUCAGAAAAAAGUCUUCCCGCCUCAUAUCCUCUACUUGCUUCCGGACAUGAGAAGAUUGUCAAGGCAAAAUCCGAGAUAAACAUCCCAGAUCUAACCUCCAACACCGACGCUCUGCUCCAACAAGUUUCUCGUCGUCUAAGGGCUCGUUCACUGGAGCCACUGACUGGACUAGCUGUCUGGAAUUGUGUCCCAUUAGUGGUCUGCCUCGAAAAGGAUGAACGAGGAUUAGGAUUUUCUAUUGUUGACUAUCAGGAUCCAUUACAUCCAGGAGAGUCAGUGAUUGUGGUACAAUCGUUGGUACCCGGUGGAUUGGCUCAGUCGGACGGUCGAAUCGUUCCAGGCGAUCGGUUGCUUUUCGUCAAUCAGCACGAUCUAAGCAACAGCAGGUAA